ACCUUUUGCACCUCACUUCAUACCAUUGGUGCUCGAUACUCUUAACCAACAAUUUGAACAAAAGAAUAAGAAACACUGUGUGUGUAUUGUAAAUACAAAGUACUUUUGAACAUUUUAUACGUGUAUAAAAAAAGAACACCCUUGACACGUGUUUCUCAACCGUUGAAAGAAAUGACUAUCUAUAACUUCAGCAGAUUAGGGACUGCUAUUUUUCAAAGUACACAGAAUCAACGAAGGCCCUUCUUUUACUGGAUUGUUCUUGUGUUUAAUAGAGUUGACGAAGACCGUAUAAAACAACUUGGACCAGAUCGUGCUUGUGCAGAAUGGUUAUUGAGAAACGGAGCCUCUGUCAGAUGGAAAGGUUUCUCUGAAAAAUUAACCGAUUUCAAUGCACUACCAUCGAGUGGAAAUUAUUAUAUCGAAGCUGUCGAAGCUAAUAACGCUGGAAUAUGCGAUGUCGGAUUUGCACAUUUUGAAGGAUGCAAAUAUAUAAAUGAGAUAAAACUCGAAAAUUGUGAAUAUAUUGAUAAUAAAGCUAUGACGUGUUUGUCAAUUGUGAAAGAUACGUUGAAGAUAUUGGAAAUCAUAGAUUGUAAACGUGUCGAUGAUAAUGGCCUACGUCAAUUAAAAGCACUGAAAAAUUUAGAGAGAUUAAAAGUUCGGGGAUUACCAGGAAUUGUGGAUGAGACCAUUCAAAGGGAGCUCAAGCAAGCUUUGCCCAAUUGUAAAGUAAAUAUCGGCCCACCGUGAACGUUUGUAACAUAUAUUAUGAAAUAAAUGAACUUAAUUUAUUAUUAA